AUGGAUGGAGAAAUGAGUAACAUGAGUUUGACACGGGGUUUUUUUGUUACAAUUUGGAUUUCUGUCAUGAUGUUUAAGUCAAAUGAUAUUUUACGAAAGCAGACAGCUCUGAGGGGGGAGAAGAAAAUACCUAUUCUCAUUGGCAUCUCUUUCGUGUUUGGGCUUCAUGUGAUUGUUGUGUACUGGUGGUAUUGGAAUGAUGAAAUUCUGUAUCCAUUGAUCAUGGUUCCUCCAAAAGUUAUACCACCUUUUUGGCAUGCUAUCAUCAUCAUUAUGGUGAAUGAUAUUUUGGUUCGGCAGGCAGCAAUGGUUCUCAAGUGUAUUCUACUAAUGUACUACAAAAACAGCAGAGGGCGAAAUUACCAUAGACAAGGUCAAAUGCUAACUUUGGUGGAGUAUCUGCUUCUGCUAUACCGUGCCUUGUUGCCAGUACCAGUCUGGUAUCGUUUCUUCUUGAACAAAGAAUAUGGGAGCCUCUUUUCAUCAUUAAUGACUGGGAUGUACCUAACCUUCAAGCUCACAUCUAUGGUUGAGAAGGUCCAAUCUUUCUUUGCUGCAUUGAAUGCAUUGUCUCGGAAAGAGAGUCAUUGUGGUGCUUACGCAACUUCAAAGCAGGUUAGUGCAGCGGGUGAUUUGUGUGCUAUCUGCCAGGAAAGGAUGCAUGCUCCAAUCUUGUUACGUUUUAAACACAUAUUUUGUGAAGACUGUGUAUCGGAAUGGUUCGAGAAGGAAAGAACAUGCCCAAUAUGCAGAGCUUUGGUGAAACCUGCAGAUCUCAGAUCAUUCGGUGAUGGAUCGACUAGUCUGUUUUUCCAGUUAUUCUGAAAACAUCGAGUACUGUCUUGUCCGGGGAGAUUUUUCUGCUUUGAAGCUUAAAACCCUUGCUCAAAGCAGCCAUCUCCUUAUCAUGUCAACAUCAAAGGUAAAAUCUGACCAAAUCCGGCCCAGCCCACUUCUUGGGCCACCGCUGGAAGUUAGUGUCAUA